AUGGAACCCAACACGCCUCAACACCAGCUGGCCAAGCAGAUCACUGCCGGCGGUGGCAGUCCUGGUCUCAGCUCUCCUUUUUCGCAAAUCACCGACAACCCUUUCUUCACCGCCGGCUUCGGUCUCGCAGCGCUUGGGGUUGCGGCACGGACUGGCCAAAAGGGUCUCCAACAUGGCGCUGCCUUCGUACGCCGCCGCAUGCUGGUCGACCUAGAAAUAACUCGCCAUGACGACGCCUAUCCGUGGGUCCUCCAAUGGAUGACCAACUACCACAGGGCACAGCAAGCCGGUGCCAGACCACUGGUCCAGAACGGUGUCCUCUCCAGAGUGCUCAAUCGCAUUGAUCCGCGCAUGCACCACCUCCAAGUUCAGACGUACACGCCGCAAGAUGGGCCCUCGCACGCUGCCCACUUCUCCUUCGUGCCAGGUCCGGGCAAGCACUUUCUGCGCUACAAGAACGCUUUCAUCCUCGUGGACAGGCAGCGAGAGCGCAAUAGUCUGAACGUCAAAGAUGGCGUACCCUUCGAGACGAUUAACCUUACGACCCUCUACUCGCAUCGCGAUAUCUUCGAAGACAUCUUCGCCGAGGCACACCAAAUAUACCAGCAGUCACAGGAAGGCAAGACUGUCAUAUACAACUCCAUGGGUACCAUGUGGCAGCCCUUUGGAGAUGCUAAGCGAAAGCGGCCCCUAGACUCCGUCGUCCUUGAGCGCGGUGUCAAGGAGCGCAUCGUAGAGGAUAUGGAGGCUUUCAUCUCAUCACGCAAGUGGUACUUGGACCGUGGCAUACCGUAUAGGCGAGGCUAUCUGCUCUACGGGCCCCCGGGUACUGGAAAGAGCUCCUUCAUUCAAGCUGUUGCCGGUCAUCUCGACUUCAAUAUUGCCAUUCUGAACGUCAGCGAGCGCGGCCUCACAGACGACAGAUUGAAUCAUCUGCUGACCAAGGUCCCGCGACGGACAGUAGUGCUGCUGGAAGAUGUUGAUGUCGCAUUCAUGAAUCGCAAGACGCCUGGCGCAGACGGAUUUGCUAGCCACUCCGUCACCUUCUCUGGACUGCUCAACGCUCUUGACGGUGUAGCUAGUGCUGAAGAGCGCAUCAUCUUCCUGACGACAAAUCAUGUCGAGAGACUGGACGAAGCGCUCGUUCGACCCGGCCGCGUGGAUAUGACGGUAAGGCUCGGUGAAGCAACUGAGUAUCAGAUCGAGCAGCUCUGGGACCGAUUCUAUGCAGAAUUCGAUGCAGGCGGGGAAGCGAAGCAGAGAUUUAUGGCUAGAGUCAGAGAGUUGGGCCUCAUCGACUCGGUGAGCACUGCAGCGCUACAGGGGUUGUUUCUUUACAACAAGGACGACACUGAGGGCGCUAUUGCAAUGGUUGAGGGCCUCACCGCUGGUCGCAAAGCCGAGAACCACGUGGGUAUCCCGGGUCACGUUGAUGUGAGCCAGGUGACGUCACAUUGAGCAUUUGCACUUCUGUAGAAACAAUGUAAAAUUCCGACUGCAAACGCUGCGGCUCCGUCCGCGCGG